GACGCAUCUAGUUAGGUUUUAUGGUCUGCCAGAGACUGUCAAUAUCACUCGGGAGAGAGCCGGCCCGUCCCUCGUUGAAGUCGAUGGCAUAAUAACGAAGAUUCGUCAAUGGUCCCAUGGACUCCGCGUCACCCCAACGCUCGUUGAUAAGACGAAAGAGAUGCUGGAAUUCUGUCUUCUUGAUAUGUGUGCUCGAGAAUCGAAUGUUG